GGCGGUGUGGCGAGUGACUGAGGGCCCGAGUUUGGGCGCCGCCUCGGGCGGAGUCCAUGUGUUUGUGGGCGGGACGCUCUAUAUAUAACGCAGGAGGAUGUGUGGAGGACACCAGUCGGUCCCAGGGCAUCAGCAGCACCCUCACAGACACUCGGACAUGAGACUCCUGCUGCUCGCCGCGCUGCUGCUCGCCGCCGCGGGCCGGCCGGUCGUCGAGGAGAGCUCGCCGGCGGUCGAGGAGGGCUCGCCGGCGGUCGAGGAGGGCUCGCCGGCGGUCGAGGAGGGCUCGCCGGUAGCCGAGGAAGACUCGCCCCCGGACCCGCCGGUCGAGGUGCUCCUUUCCAGCCACGUGCAGAACCCCGACGGCUCGUUCUCCUACAGCUACGAGCAGACCGACGGCCAGGCGGUGGAUGUGCGGGGAGAGCAGCGACAGAUCGGCGAGGAGUUCGGCACCGUGAUGCGCGGAUCGUACAGCUUCGUCGGCGACGACGGCGUCACCUACACCGUCACCUGGGUGGCCGACGAGAACGGUUUCCAGGCCGAGGGCGACCACCUGCCGUCGUAGGCGGCGGACUGGAGAUCGGUUACCGUUGGAGAUCGGCUGCUGCAGUAUGUCUUAACGCCUCAGAGAUCCAAUUCAGGGCAUUAUCUUAUUACGUGUGAUGUUUUUGUUUUUAUGAGUCCGUGACCGUGUUAUUACACUCAUGGCGCACCGGACAAUGUCUCGGCCCUGGCAGGUGACAGUGGAGGCGCAGCGGCGGCGCUGGUGACGCGUCGGCGGGCGUCUCUGCCACCCCGUGCCGAGCCGAGUGUCUCGAUGAGGUCGGAUGUUCGUGUUCCGUCUCCGUCUGUGUCGUGUUUCGUUUGUAUCGCGUGGCUGCGAGUUGCGUGACUCGUGAGGUUGUCGGACGUUCGUGUUUUGUCCGUUUGUAUUGUGAUGUGCGCGUUGUUCGUGUCUCUCCGCGUUGUUCGUGUCUCUGUUCGUGUCUCAGGCCGCGUCAGCUGUGAUAGGAGCGGCCCCGUCUGCACUAACGCGGGCACACAGGUGGCUGGAGCCAGUCCAGAGCGCUCAUUGGUACAAUCGUGCUGAUGUAAUACAUGUGUUUGAAUGCUACAAUAUAUGCCUCAAAAAUA